UAAGGACGACUAAGAGCUGCUAAACUCCCGCUUCUAAAUAGUAGUAAAAUAAAUAUACCGCACAAAAACAGUCGGUGUUUCCUUUCCGGCGCCCGGUGCUCCUCCUCUUACCUCCGGUCUUCUCCGAUUAGGUUUUCACUCAACGGAAGAAGAUGCAUCCACCUUUGACUCUGCAUAGGCACCCUUUAUGUGCUGAUAUUAUAGAGGAGUUCCAGAAGUGUCACACAGACCACCCACUAGGAAAGUUCCUUGGGCAAUGCACGGAUCUGAAAAUAAAGCUUGACCGGUGCUUCAGGCAAGAGAAAGCUAUAAAGAGAAAAGCAAAUUUUGAACAGAGCAAGAAGUUGAAGGAGAGGCUCCAGGCUUACAGGAAGGAAACUGCUGGCAUGCAAUCUUGACGGUGAUAGGAGGUUUGUUUUCGAGACACUGUUAUGCAUUUCAACUCAUGAACGGUAGUUUAGCGGCUGGGGUUGAUUGAAGAAAGAUUCGUGAAUAGAAUUGCCGCUUGUCUAUUCUGAUGUUUUCAUCGAUCUCCAUUACUUAAGUCAGUUGAAGUGAAAUAAUAUGUAUAGACACAAGAACUGAUUAAUUAUAAGAGCAACUUAUCCGACCAUUCCAUUUGGGCGGAGGUGGAUCUGGGAUUUGAAUUCUAUAGGUUUGAGUUCGGAUUCUACCACAACUCAUUUGAUUUACUAGGUUCGAAAUCUAUUAUUUGUGCUUGUUUAGUGAACUUUUCAACACAUGUAAAGGGUCUGGGCGCCCUGGAAGUGUCAAAAUAAAAAUACUGAAUUGAUUGUGUGAACUGAUAGAAGUGCAGUAAAUUGGUUCUUUUCAGUUUUAUUUAACCUUUCUAUUGUCUGUUUUUGAGUUUUGGAAUGACAGUAAUAUGGGAAAAGAAAGAGCAAAUGCGAAGGAAAAAGCUGUACAUAAGUCAAUAUUUUCCUUUAUGUCUGGAUUAUGGGGAACAAGUCGCACCGUAAAUAAAUUUUUCUACUGCAAUUUGUAAGCCAAGUUUCUUUUGGAACUUUGGAGCCUGGAGUGCAUACUCAAAACUCUAAAUUUGUGUCGAGGACCAGUUGGACAGUUGGAUGAACAAUUGCCAUACUUUUUAAAUUUUCGUAGUUUUGGUAGGAUGACCAAUGUUGUCUUAAAUGGACAGUUGCUGUAAGUUAAAUGUAAGUGGUACUCCUUCUGUACCUAUGAAAAUAAAAAUGUGAGUAGUAUUCUUCC